AAAUCUAAAUCCCCAAAAGUUCUGUAAGUGGCAGUAGCGCUCCAACUGUUUAUCCUACGCUCUGAAAUGGAAUUACCAAAAUUUCUCAGUUAAUAAAAUUUGCUACCUAAUUGAUACCAAAACCCUAUCAAUCUCCAUAACCAAAAUCUCUAAUUUUAUAGCUUCACACACAUUCUAGAGGAACACAAGCAUGCAAUCUCCAUCUCUAGACGCUUCCAAAUUCUUUAAGCUUCAACAACAGCAAUUCCAAUUCCUAGGGUUUUGCACUUACCCUUCCACCACUUCACCUUCAAUCCGCAAGCUAAAUUCUCGCUAUCCUUGCGUUUCCUGCAGUAGAAAAUUCGAUCGUAAGGAGAGAGUAAAAGCGAAGGGAAAGGAAAAUGUGUGGAGCAUUGACAACGAAAUUGCGAGAGAAGGAGAUAAGACGAGGACGAGGAGUAGGAGGAAAAGAGGUGGAAAAAGGAUGAGAAAUGUUACUAGGAAGAGUAAAGGUGAUAGAGUUAUGGUCUCUGGUGCUAUGCUAAUGGAAGUCGAAACUGUUUUGCAGACUCAGGAACCUGUUAUCCGACCUGCAUGGAAUACAUUUGCUAGUAGUCUCAGUGGGAUAUGGAAGGGAGUCGGAGCUGUAUUUUCUCCCAUAACGGCAGAAAUGGAACCUAUUGAGGUCGGCAACAAGAAUGAACACCUCUUUGACUGCUAUACCUCUUCUCGUGUUGAGGUACUGCCAUCAUCUUCUGCCAGUCAAAAAUCUCAAAUCCGUAGGAAAGUGAAUUGGGUAACACUGAAUCCCCAUGGUGAAGUCCCAGAACCUAAUGGAGGUGAUGACAGAAGCAUAGAGAAGCGCACAGGUGCAGAUCUGUCUUUCCAUAUGCAUGAAACACCUGAUAGAAAAUCAAAACAUCAAAAACUGCCAAAAUUUGAAUCUUUUGACUUUGAGAAGAGUGAUAUUAUGGAGGAAGAUAUUAUGGGAAUGGAACCUGGUCUUGUUUUCUUUGAGGACGGCUCUUACUCAAGAGGUCCAGUUGAUAUUCCAGUUGGUGAACUUGAUGAGUCUAAGUAUUACAUUUCGCCAACUUUUAAGUUUGAGCAAUGUCUUGUCAAAGGUUGUCACAAGAGACUCCGCAUAGUGCAUACAAUAGAGUUCAGUAAUGGGGGUUCGGACAUCCAAAUAUUGAGGGUUGCUGUAUAUGAAGAACAGUGGAUUAGUCCUGCUAAUCUAUCUGACGAGAGUGACACGGAGCUGGACGUGAAGCUUUUCUCUCAAAGACGAAGACUCCAACCAUCAGAGCUGGCUGGAUCCUGGAAGGUGUUUGAGAUGAGUGCAACACCUAUAUACAGUGAAGAGGACGUGACUCAAGAAACAGACGACGUACCCUACGUAUACCUAUGCACGGAAAACCUGAAGAAGAGAAGCCUUCCAGAAAAUCCAGUAUACUUUGGAGAAGAAGAGAUGUUAGACAUGCAGGAUGUAACUGUUCUUUGGCUUCCAGGAGGUGUCACGAGCUAUGUUGAUGUCAACAAAGAUGGCAUCCUCUGUAUAGGAGUCGGGUGGUAUUCGGACGAGGGCGUGAAUCUCGUUAUGGAAAGAGAUUAUGAAAUGGAUGGGAAACUCAAGGAGGUUCGAUGGAAGUCUGAAAUGAAGAGAAGGUGGACUAAUCCACCACCCAUGUAAAUCCUCUUUAACCCCUUUCUCUUUCAGUUGCUGUUUGAUAAGCGUGCCUUAAGGUAUGUCCUAGUUUCCAAUCCAUGUUGACAUAACUGGAAUUAAGUUUUAUGCAUUAAAUUUGACUGCAAAAAAUUAAAAAAUAAAUAAAAGCAACUUUAUAGGA